AUUAUGUUUUUCUAUUGGUUUUUUGUGCUUCUUCUGGCAAAAACAACCAUAGAAGCAUAUGAGCUGAAGUGUACGCCAAAUGCAACAGCAUGGACCCAGGAAGAUUCACUUCCUGCAGCAUUGGCACUGAAGGAUAGCUAUAACGUUGUUGUUCGGCAUACUGAUUGGAAUGCGAAUAGAACAAGCCUGGUGAACGAACGUCGUACCCCAACCUAUGCUUAUGUCACAACAAUUUCCCGCAACAAAUCUUCGUGUACCGCGUUACCAGACGUCGCUGCUUUGCCCUCGCUGUACAUGCAAACGGAACUUGCCAAAAUUGUUGGAUUCAAUGGUAAUUCGAUGGCCCAGUUGAUCAACUUCCUGCUAAAAUAUAAUUUUACGGAACAUCAUUUUGAGAAUGCUACGCAACUUGUUGGUGGAAUCGAUGCAGUACUAUGGCUUGGUUGCCGAAAUGAUAACAAAACUAUCGUACAGGUACUUGUUCGCCUCAUUUUUUAG